AUGGGUGCAUGGGGAGGCGGUGUCUUCGAGUCUGUAAGAUCAAGUUCUAGAUCUCAUCGGUGGCUGUAUGGCAAGCGAUCUGGCGUCUACAUCUGGACCAGUGGCGAAGGCGGUUCACUUGUGACAAACUCUACUUCUGACAACGACGACGGAGAAGAUCUCUCUGUCGAGCAAGUCCGCGACCACUUGAACAAUGGCCAUUUCAGUCGCGUCUUUGACAAGUACAAGAACUCCGAGCAAGUUGACUUCGAUGUAACACCCGGACACGGAUGCUGCAUCUUGACCGCUCUAGCCAUGCUUGUCGGCGCCAACAUCAGCACCGAGCAGCGAGAAUUCGUCCGCAGUGUGUACAAGAAGUGCGGCAUGCACAAGGACGGCAUUCAACAGAUGGGCCAUGCUGUGGAGAACUACAUCAACGGACAACCAUACAGCUUGAUUGAACCGGAUCGCGUAGAUCACAAGAUCCAGUUCGCUUUCGAGAAGGCUCGAGCCAACGCCGGUGGUGGCUUCUUGCUGGCAAACUACACCGGACCGGUGUACCAUGAGGAGGGUGUCCCCAGCUACAGUAUGAUGAGUUUCGGCAAACAAAUGUCGAAGAAGAUGCGCAGAGACAAGGGAGAGCCGGCAUACUUUCCAGGCGCUCCGGUGCUCCGUGAGUGCAACACCUGUGGCAAGCUCCCGGAGCUGGUCCCGAGCGGCCUGAAGUUCUGUGGCAAGUGUAAGAAAGUUCUCUACUGCUCGGUUGAGUGCCAGAAGGAGGACUGGGCGCCCUUCCACAAGAAGUGGUGCAAGGCGUUUGCCAAGAUGCCAGAGCCGCCUGCCGUUGAGGACUUGUCCCUGGACGCCGACGGUCCCGCCAUCCGUGUUGGUAGCAGAAUGUGA